AUGCCUCAUAAACAUAGGGCCAUAGAGAAGGAUGACUCACAGUUCAACCUUCCGCCCAAUGUUCACGCCGCUCCUCUCGCCGUCGGUAAAGCGCGCACCUUCAGCACAGCACCCAAAGGCAAAAAGCGCAAAGUAAAUCAAGUCGAGGGCUAUGGCGCCGACGACACACCCAAAGCCUUCCAGCGGCUCAUGGCAUUCUCGAAAAGCGGAGUAAAGAAGCGCUCAGGCCUCGACGAUGGCGCUGUGAAGACCAAGAAGCAGAAGAAACAAGAGGCAGCCGAAAAUCUGGAAAAAGACGAUGCGAACAACAAGAGCGAGGAGCAGGCGCAGUCAAAGGAUGUACUGAGGAUACAACCUGGCGAGUCAAUGCAAGAGUUCCGCGCACGAGUUGACGCCGCCUUGCCAUUGUCAGGCGUAAACAAGAACGGCAAGAAGAUCGCAGGCCUGAGCGAUCACAGAGUCACCAAGCACGAACGGCACCUCAAGCGUCUACAGAAGGGAUGGAGGGAGGAAGAAGCGAGGAUACGAGAGAAGGAGCAGGAGGCAAAGGAACUGGCCGAAGAGGAACAAGACGAGUUGGACGCCAUGUGGGAAGACAAGACAGCCGAUCUAGAAACCACAAGAACGGUGAACGGCAAGAAGAAGAAGGGAAAGAAGAACAAGCGCAAGUUGCUGGUGGGUGAGGUGGACCAUGGCAGCGAAGAUGAGUGGGAAGCUCUUAAGAAGAAGAGAGCGGAACGCAAGGGCCUACACGAUAUUGUGCAUGCGCCGCCAACGUUCGACAAAGUACCGAGGGAGAUCUUCAAGGUCAAGAAUGGAGCGGGCGCUAAGGUUGGAAACGUGCCUAAAUCAGCCGGUAGUUUGAGUAAGAGAGAGGCGUUGGGCGAGGAGCGCCAAAAGAUGAUCGACACAUAUCGUCAGAUGAUGGCUGCGAAGAAGGAGACGCAAACUUAG